AUGAGUAGCGCCUCCUUCUAUUCCGCCGGCGCCUUCCAUGCUGCGGUGGCCGACGAGUGCACGACGUUCGCAGCGGUGGCGGACGACUUCGCGCCGACGGGUUCUUUGGGCUCUGUGGGAGCGAGGUCCAGUGCUUCCUUCUAUCCUUCGAGCGGGGUUGUGGGUUCCAAGACUCAAUCCUUCGUGGUGGAUUCACCCUGGACACGAAAGCCCAGGGAGAGCGCACGAGAUGGGGAGGAGCGGCCUUCCAGCCGAGAGCGGCGGCAUCGAUCCAGUUGGCAUGCGGCCUUGAACAAACGCCUGGUGGCCAUGGAAGAUGUGGAGGAGCUACUGUGCACUGCAGACGAGAUGCUCACAGGAAUGGACAUGCUGAACACCAUCACGGUGCUGAAUAAGCUGUCGCGCUUGAAGGGUGCAGCGAAGUUACAUCAUGACCCCCGGGUGCUGGAGAUCCUCUACCGCAUCGAAUCCUGGCUGUCGCACGCCAACACCCCGGGUGCCGCUGAAAUGGUGGGCCCUGAGAUUGUGCAUGCCAGGCAUUUGGCGAGCAUUACAACUGCGCUGGCGCGGUUGCAAUGGAAGGACUCCACUCCUGGACGCUUGUUGCGUGUCAUUGCCUCGAUUGCUCCUCCACUCUUGACCUCCGCCCGCGCGCGGGACCUCUCAAACCUGGCCUGGGCCUUUGCCACGUUGGAUCUGCGGAAGUUUGAUUCGGUCUUGAUGGCCAUCGCCCGGGAAGCCGUGGUUCAGAUUUCGGACUUCACCGAGCAAAACCUCUCCAACACCUGCUGGGCCUUCGCGAAGAUUGGUCUCCGCCACGACCCCUUGAUCAAGGCCAUCGCAGAUGAGACGCUUCGGAAGCUGGGGCAGUUCUCGCCCCAGGGUCUGGUCAACACGUUGUGGGGCUUUGCAACGCUUGUGAUCAAGGGUGAGGAGUGUUUGGGGAAAUCCAGCUGGCAGCUCAUCAACGCCUUGUUGGAAGAGAUCAUCCGGCGCCUUCCGGAUUGUACUACUCAAGAGCUGAGCAACUCCUCUUGGGCCUGUUGCCGUUUGGGCGUCCGGCACGACGGCUUUUUGGCGGCGGUGGCCUCGGAGGGCCUGAAGAAAGUGGCGGGAUACACCUGUCAAGACCUGGCCAACACCGCCAUGGCGUUUGCAAAGCCCAACGUCUACCACGAGCACUUCCUGCAGGCACUCGCACACCAUGCUGGCAGAAAGAUGAGACAAUUUGAGGCCAGAGAGGUCUCGAAUGCUCUUUGGUCCUUCACGAUCUUCAAUAGAGACCUGGUGGGGCCCGAUUGGCUGGACCAUGCCUUGGAACACUUCUUGGAGCUGGUGCAGAAGCGGCAUUAUGAGGGUUGGGAGCUGGUGCAGGUGGUGAACGCCUGUUGGAGCUUCCGACAUCAGCUCCGCCACUGGAGCAGCUUGGAGAAGACCUUCCAUGACCGGGUCUUCACACGUGUGGUUGGUGCCUUGGAUGCCAUCAUUGGUCGAGAUCAAGGGCUACUGGGCAUGUCGGAACCGCUGGAGGCCCCUGUGGCUCCCGCCCCGUCCAAGCUGCUGAACGCCGGUCCCGCCACCCACGGGCACCUCGCUGGAAGCGUCCCGGAACGGCUCUCGCCACUGGAAGCUGCGCGGCGGAGUGCUCAGCGGCUCAUUGACGAGCUGCAGGUGGACUUCCUGGGUCCGAUCUUCACCCGCGUGGCCAUGCGUGAUUUGGGCUUCAUCGAUCCCCGCGACCGGCGUCAACUGUGCGCCUUCGCACGAGCGCCCACGGUGGGCGGGCCGGACUCGUCCACGGGCUCGCCCGGAUGGGGCGACGUCGCAAGGGAGGCCGUGGCCGAAACCUUGGCCCAGAUCCGGCAGGAGCUGGGCUUUAUGUGGUUUGAUCGCUUUGGGCCACACGAGCGGAGAGUGAUCUCCUGGAUUUCAUUUGAGCUAAAAGUGGAGAUCAGCUCUGAAGCCUCCAAUGUGCCAUGCAUGGAGACUCUCAGUGAGCGUGGGCGCAUUUGUUCCUUCAGUCUCGAUGAGCAUCGAGCCAUGGACAAGCGUGGCUUGGAGACCUUUGCAAGGCUGGAGGCGCAGUGGAAAGGUGAGGUGCUUUUCACGCUUCAAGAUGUUCGAAAAGGACAAGAAUGGCUGCAGGGGCUUUUUGCCCAGCAUGACCGUGCAGGACAUACUGAGCGGCAGGCAUUGCUAGAGAUCAUUCUGGAGAUCAUCAGUGCCAUCCGUCGCUUGGAACGGAAGAGCCAUCGUGGCAACAUGGCACAGCGGGAGAGCAGCAUCGAAUUGGGCCUGUUCGAUGGGUCCUUAGGUGCUCGGGUCAGUGGAGAGUUGAGGCUCUUCGUGUGCCACUUCUGCUGCAUCUCUUGCAUGGCGGCCAUUUGCAACUUUGUGCGGCGGUUCCCGCACAUCCAGAUCCAUAUUGACUAUGAUGAUGUGUGGAAGACGCGGUUGCUUGAUGUUUAG